UCGGCAGCAGCGCCCAGCAUGAGGGGCUUCGUUCUCUUACUGGCUCUUCUCAUACCAGGAGAUGUGGCGCGAGCGACCGCCGAGCCGGAGGUGCUGACGUGCUUCCACUGCGGCGACGAGGCGCAGGACGGGGAGCCGCCAUGCAACACGCAGCCGCCUCAGGUGGCCACCUGCCCCGAGGCCAACUACUGCCUCAAGAUACUCUUCCAAAACGGAUCCGUCCAGCGCGGCUGCGCGCCACGGGCGACGGCGUGGGGGCGUCGCGUGCGGGUCGGCUGCGUGGAGCCGGUGCGCGAUGACACCAGCGUGCUGCGAUACUGCGCCUGCGACACGCACCUCUGCAACGGAGCGCCGCCACAGCCGACCGACAACUUGCUGCUGCUGGUUUUGUUAUUCUGGGCCUGUCUGCUGUUCUUCACGGGCGGACAAUAACCAACCGCGUGCAGUACCCUCCGUGUCUAAUUACUGUGUAGCGGUUAACACCUCUGCUUGGAAACGUGACUCAAAGAUUUCGAAGCCCAUAAGGUAACUGAAAACCAGACUUUACCUACUGAAGUGCCAACGGCGCCAUCGUCUAAUAACAACUUUCUACAAGUACUGGGUGUCUCAGUGCUUAUGUCAUCACCAGAAAUUUUUCUACAUAAAUGACAACUUUCAGGGUAGGUGGUGUUAGGAGUGUGAAAAUCUUCCGCGCUAAUACGCAAUUGUUGCGUGAAUUACCUUAGAAAUCUGAACAUUUGAGCCCGUCCACGGAAGGUCGACCGAUGAAUAUUUAGCUCGAUACUGACUGAAAUGGCUUUUCGCUGCAGCGUACGUCUACAUGGAAACGUGACUUCGUGCCAAGCUCCUUAAGUUGUCAGCAGGU